UGAGGUGAGGACGUGGAGCUCCGUCACCAAGAGUAGGUGCAGAAUGCAAUUGGAGCGUGGCAGAGGUGUGGUGGUGGUGUGUUGUGUGUGGCUGUGUGGCGUGGUGCUGUGUGGCCAGCCCCGUGUCACCCUGGUCGAGUCUCGCUGGGGAAACUUCUUCAUGGUGGAGAACACCACCUUGCCUGCGGCAGCCGCCUUCGCCAUCCUUCCUGCCAACAGUAUAUGCAGCUGCAAGACGCUGUGUAUAGCGUCAGGGAGGUGCCAAGCCUGGUCCCUGGUGGAGACAGCUGGUGGGGGAGAGUGUCGGAUUGCUGCCGGAGGCCCCACCACUCACAACACCACCGUCAACACCACUGGCACCUACUUCUUCAGGCAAGAAUCAGUCAACGGGACAUAUGUGUGGAGAGACGACCAACUGUUGUACCUAUUGAUGCCGGGGCUGAUGUUGUACCCACAAGCCAAAGAAUUGUGCUCCUCCAUCCCCGGACACCGUCUCCUCAUCGUCAAGUCGGCGCAACAGGCCUCCGUCCUCCGCUACCUGUGGAGCUUGUACAGUUAUCCGUGGGCCACGGACCUGACCAAGACCGCCGCUGGACCAGUGUGGGGGGACGGCACUCCCUACAACACCACUGAGCUCAGCCACACCAUCAAAAUGACCACCAACGACUACGACACCGUCCAUCAACACUAUGCCGUCUACGACUCUUAUCUAGACGACUGGUACGACGAUGCGCUAGUUAAUGUUGCCUGUCAGACCAACCCGCGGGGGGUGGACUGGUAACUGGUGAGGUAGUGGGGGUGGACUGAUAACUGGGGAGG